AAAAUAGAUUCACGGGACUUCACAACCUGACCAGAACAGGAAAAGGAUCUCUGUCUCUCUCUGUCUGUCUUUUCUUAAGUCUUCGUCUCAGUGUCUCUUUGUGUUGGACUGUUAUGUCGCCAUGUCUCAAACUGGAAAAGUCCUGCAUUUGUAUGUGGAGGUGAGAUCCCCACCAGAGCAUGACGAGAAAGGUAGUUCCUGUGAAACAACAGUGGAGCAAGAUGGUCCUGUUGAGGCGUUGACCAAAUUAGCCCAGGUGGCUUCAGGAUUUUCCACACCUCCCAGCAGCACAUUCAGACCAAAUGUAAGCUUUCUACUACAGCCCACACACAAUUCUCUGGAUUCCCCUCAAAGACGCAGCAUUCCCCAGCAGGAACCAUUCCAACAGGUGUCCUCUGGCUUCAAAAACAACAUUGACUGUAAACAGUUGAAACAUGUCCAAUCAUUGUCAUUCUCUGGUCCGGGGACGCCUUGUCGAGCCUGUAGUCAUCAACAGGACUCUAAACCAGAGCCCGGACAAAGGUCCGUCGUCACUUUUAGCUACAUUGAGAAGCCCCACAUCAAAACUGUGGAGAGUCCUCUUAACAGUCCCAGUGGGAUAAAAGAGGCAUCUGCUUGCUCACGAAAGAGGUGUAGUGAUCCAAAGCGGUCUCACCCUAAUGAGUCUUCCUGCAAUAAUAGUCCAUUUCACCAGCACAUGGGUUACCCAGGAUUUUGUUCCUCUACUUUGGAUCCCGUCGGUCAAGCAGCAACACAGCGAGCCCUGGAGGAGUUUGGCUCUCCUCAGUUGAGGUGCAAAUUUUCUCGUGGCCCACACCGGAGUCCGGAGUUUCACCAACGGCAGAGGGCACGAUGCCAGUCUUGGGCAGGUUCACCAGUGCCAAAUUGCAGUGCCUACCGCCAUGAUCCUGACCCUGGCAGGGUCGAAGCUGCAUGUGGUCUCCCCAAAAGCCCAGCACCAGAUGCUUAUUCAUCCCACACGGGGCAUAACAACCAGCAGAAAUCCAAAUCCAGGUCCCAAGGAUGCCCCAACCAGAACCUCCCUUCAAAGCAAGACUGUUCCACAACAGUCAGUCAAAGUUGGGGAAGCCGGGCUGAAGAUAAGCCUCUGUCAGGACAAAGAACAAGCCUCACAAACACACCCACUCAUGGUUUGAACCAGCUUAGUGGAAGCAAUAACUCUUCAGCCCUGAACAGUCCUGAGGUAGCCCGCAAGAUUGCAGAAGAGGCCACCAAGGUUUCAACUAUUUUCAACGAAGUCCGCAGUUCUCCUUCUCCCGUUGUUUUCAGAGGUUCAUCUAAUCUAAGCAGCACAAACUAUGGGUAUCCUUCGAGAGAAAUCCAGCAACAGAGUCCAGUGCAACAUUUGGCUGUUAAGAUGAACAUACCUGUGCAUGAAGACCAUCCUACAACUAAUGGGGUUUCUCCGCACCUGCAUGAAUCAACAGCUGCUAAGAGCUCAGAUUUAAGAGAUGACCUGACCGAUCACUCAUUCUGCUCUGUCCCAGUGGGAGCCCCUGAUUCUCCAGCCCUCCCGUCUCGUCUUCUUCGUCCAAGUCUGUCCAAUGCAGACGUGGGUUCUCCUCUCCGAGAUCCUCGUCAGCUUAGGGCUGAACUGCCAGUCUGUAACAGCCCCACUUUACACCGUCACAAGCCUCCACAGUACACUGGAGAGGAGUGGACCUCCGGGGAACCCUGGUUCCUGGACGAGGAGGACUGGGAUGACCAUGUCAUUGCAGAAAGCGUGGAGAUCUCCAGGCGGUUGUUCAUCGGUCAGAGUGUGGACAAUUCUCCGGUCAGUUGGACAUCUAGACAGCAGUGGAAAGAGCAGGCGAAGAAAGAGGAAGUGAAGUUCAGUUUGACAGAAAAAUUUGAAAGGACUCUCAAGACCAGCAGUCCAGUGUACAAAACAAGGGUUGAGGUCACAGAACAGGGAGAGGAGAAAGGUAGCAAUUCCGUAUGUGGAACAAACCCCAGCCCAGGGGAAAGAGUAGAGGAGAUGACCAGGAUAACGCAGCAACAGAGACAGGCAGAAUGGAGGAGAAGGCAGGCUUUGCUUCUAGGGCCAGUGGUAUUAGAAGAGGGAGAUGGGGAGAGAGGGGAGGAUGAACAGGGGUUUGGAGAACCCCAGGCUUUGGCUGGGUCAUCCCCGAGCUCCAGUGGAGUAACGGGAAGCCUAGGAGACAGAGAUUGCAUCUCACCUGAGUCCAGCCAGAACAGCAACCAUUCAGACCACCCAUCAUCAGGAAUACAGUCCGAUGGUGGUUCUUUGGUGCCAGGUCCAUCUCUGCACUGUCAGAAAAUUGCUCGUGCCAAGUGGGAGUUUCUUUUUGGCACUCCAGCAGAAAACACUGCCAGUGACCGAGAGAAGAAUGUUCCAGAAACCUCCACAGCUCCAGCAAGUGGUCUUUCCACCCCAAUCCCGCCCUCUUUUCUCCCACUUGAGGAGCUCGCUCUCAGAGCUAAUCAUGACGUUCAACAUGUGGAGGUGGAGCUAGUGACUCCGCCCCCUGCCGCCCCAGGCACCUCCCCCAAAACUGGCAUAAUUCGGCGAACUUUAAAAUACUCCGAGACCGAUCUGGAUGCCGUUCCGUUACGAUGUUAUCGGGAGACCGAUAUAGAUGAAGUGCUGCUAGCCGAGCAAGAGGACGCUGACUCGGCGUUUGGAAGUAACCGAAGUGUCAUGGGAACUUCCUGUGCCGGGAGUAGCCCUCUAGGAGAGAUGCCGAAUGAAAGAACAGAUGGACAGGAGGAUGUGGAGGAGGAGGAGGAGGAAGAGGAGGGUGUUGCAAGCUGGGUCACUGUCAGGAUGCAGGGCGAUGUGAGGAGGUUGCUGGCCGAUCAGGAGCGCUACGACGAAGAGGAGUUUUACAGCAUUAUGCUAAAGAGGCCCCGAGAUCAUUUCAUUCACAACCACCCAGCUCUGAAAUCUCCCAUCCUGGUCCGUGGCCCUCGCAGAAAGUCCGGAGACAGUUUAGACACGUUCAGCAGGCAUUUUGAGAACAUCAUGGAGUCACAUCGUGCCAAAGGCACCUCUUACAGUAGUCUGGACAGUCUCGACCCUCUGACCUCUAGUACGCAAACUGUUCUGACCUUUGACCUUCCAACACUGACUCCACAAGUGCAAGGUCAGAUCUACCAGAGUGUGCGGCAAAUCGUGGAGCUCAGCUUUGCCCCGUUGGCUCACGUAGAGAUGCCCAGCCUCUCAGAGUCUGUGCUGACGAUAACAGGGGACACCGAUGCCACACGGGCACCAUCCAGUGAACGCCUCAGCAGUGGGUCCGACGAUCGCAACGGGCGGAGUUGGCAGAUCAACCCACCACCUUCACUGCCCAGAGAGAAACCUCCUCGCUUCGCUGCAGACCCAGAGGUGGACCAGGAACUGAGUGAGCGUUUGGGUUUAGGGAGCAAUGACACUCUCAGCAACCGGGCCGACCUGGAAGCAGCCAAACGUCUGGCCAAACGCCUCUACAACCUCGACGGCUUCAGGAAGUGUGACGUCGCACGUCAUUUGGGGAAAAACAAUGACUUCAGUCGCAUGGUAGCAGAGGAAUAUCUGCACUUCUUCACUUUUACAGGAAUGACUUUGGACCAAGCGCUAAGGGCAUUUUUAAUAGAAUUUGCACUGACGGGCGAGACGCAGGAGAGAGAGCGAAUUUUAGCACACUUUUCCCAUCGAUAUCAGCAGUGCAAUCCAUCCCUCACACUAUCUGAAGACGGUGUCCACACACUGACCUGUGCUCUUAUGCUGCUCAACACAGACCUGCACGGCCACAACGUCGGCAAGCGAAUGUCCUGCUCUCAGUUCAUCGGGAAUCUGGAAGGACUAAACGGUGGCAGUGAUUUUCCUAAAGACCUCCUCAAGGCCCUGUACAACUCUAUUAAAAAUGAAAAGCUGCAGUGGACAAUCGAUGAAGAAGAGUUACGCAAGUCGUUUUCGGAGCUGGGAGAGCAUCGAGACGAGUCAAACUCCAGAGGAAUGAAGCGGACGGGCAGUGGUUUAGUUUCUCCAUCUGGUUCACUUCUCUAUAAAACGGGUUUCUUGGUGAGGAAGGUCCACGCUGACUGUGAUGGAAAGAGAACACCUCGUGGGAAAAGAGGAUGGAAAACAUUUUAUGCUGUUCUUAAGGGACUCAUCCUUUACCUGCAGAAGGGCGAGUAUCGGCCGGAUAAACAGCUUUCCGAUGAGGAUUUGAAGAAUGCUGUGUCGAUUCACCAUUCCUUGGCCAUCCGAGCCACAGACUACAGCAAACGGCCAAACGUGUUUUACCUCCGGACCGCUGACUGGAGAGUCUACCUCUUUCAGGCGCCGAAUGCUGAACAAAUGCAGUCUUGGAUCACACGCAUCAACACAGUGGCGGCCAUGUUUUCAGCCCCGCCCCUUCCUGCUGCCAUUGGCUCACAGAAGAAGUUUAGUCGACCGCUGCUGCCAGGCUCCGCCUCCAAACUAUCACAGGAGGAGCAGGUACAGGCUCAUGAAACACGAUUUCGCUCCAUCUCCACCGAGCUCGUACAACUGCGCUCUUAUCCGCCUGACCGAAAGGUGAAAGGUCGUGAACUUGAGGAGUACCGACUGAGAGAGGAAUAUCUAGAGUUUGAGAAAACGCGUUACGAGACGUACAGCAUGCUCCUGCGGGCCAAGCAGCGCUGCGGCGGCGACGACCUGUCGGUGUUCGAGUCCAUGCUCCUGGAGGAAGGGGCGUUACAGAGAGCUCAAUCCAGUCCCACACUACAGGACAGCAGCCUGACCUGCAGCACCAGAGACGGCCCGAGCCCGAGCCAGACCAGCACCGCGUGUCUCCCGCAGGAGCCCAACAACAGCUGCUCCCGCGGACAGGGCCAGAGACACAGCUACCGGCAGGCCGUCCGCAAGUGAACCCGCGGGAAGCUCGCGUUACCGGAGAGGAAGUGAGGUCUCUCUCUUUCCUGUGUGCGCCCUCCUGCUCUGUGCCAUCAGGAAGUGGUGUUGAUUCUGACUGAAUCUGACUCUGUGAUUGGCUGAUGGGUGGGUGAUGUCACAACACAAGGUGCUAUGGAAUCUGGUCGGGAGAACGUGUUUCUCGGAGGGAAUUACGCAAUGCAUAAAAUGUUCCUUUGCCUUCUAGUUCUCGGUUUCUCCUGCGACUUUUUAUCGCACACUACCUAGGCCUGGCGUGCUUAAACAUCUUCAAAACCAUAUAAAGGUACCAUAUCGUUGGCAGGUUUUUAGUUUUGCAUCCCUUGAAGUAACUCGAGAACGAUGCCGACGCUCGGAAACGCAAUGCUUGUCAUUUUGUCACACGGGCGUCUAUUUUUGUGUGGUGUUUAGGACCGGUAGACGAACAGAAGUCAUUUUUACAUGUCGUUCUCCAACAUUAGCAAUCUGUAACUGUAUUAUAAUGCACAAGGUCACGAAAUAUAGCAUCCAUUUGCUCAGCAAAACCCUAAAACGCCUUUUGCACUGAACACUAAAUAUUAUAACACUGCAGAACUCGGUAUUUUCGCUAAAAAUAUUGAAACGUCUUUAAAUCGACACGUUUGUAUAUCGACUCUUGAAUUAAGCAGAUUGUUAUACUUUUUAAGCACAAACUUUUGUUUGAUUUAAGCGUUAAACUCUGUGGAAAAUAAACUUAAUUCAAGAUGUUAUCUUUGUUAAUAUGCAAAAGGAUGUUACGAUAUUUUUAGAGACGAAAGUCAAACAGAGAUGCGUAGGUUUUGUCUGUAUAGUAUCUCUAUUUUAGCUUCUCGUCCUUGUCUUUCUGCAUUAUUCUCUUGGCUGAAUGUUGUCUGCUGUGUACGGCAUGGCUGACUAGUGACAAUCUUUGGUGUUUCGGAGCCGGUAGGAGGCACGCGGUGUGUGUAGUUCACGAGUCAAACGGACCUGUUACCCACGCAGCGCACUGAAUGUCAUCUUUUUCCUGUUAAAUGCAGUUAGUCAGUGUUUAAGACGCACUUCCCCUUAAUUGCUUUCUUAUGUAACCGAGGAAAGACAGUCUGUAUAUGCGCAAAAAUAUAUCACCUAUAUAAGGAAUGUUUUCAAACUUAUAAUGAAUGUGGUGUGUCCAAAUCCAAACUGCCACAUGCAAUAUUCAGCAUAGGCCUGUUUGUGUGAUCAACGCAUAUGUGGAUGUUUAAAUACACGGCACGCGGCUUCCUGUGACAUCAUGACCAAUACUUCGAACGGGUGCUUGAAACCCUUGAAUGUACCAUGUGUUUCACCGUGGUGAGGAGAUUCUGCCGUCACAUUUCAGUCUCGAGCAUCGUUUUUCUUUCAUGGUUACUUUUGCAGAUAUUGUGGUGUUUCAGUGGAGUCUUGAGUCGAAACUGGCGUGUCUUGCUGUUACAGUGAGUCUAAAGGGAAAAAGAAAUAGAAGAGGUCUACAAGUAAAAAAAAAUAAAUAAAUAAAAAGUGUUUAUGAACGUAUGUAAUGUUGUUUGGGUGAAUAUUGUAAAAAAAAUCAUGUCCAAGUCACAUUUUCACCCCAAAGUAAAAAAAAUAUAUAUAUAUAUAUAUAUAUGACAAUUGUGGAUUUAUUUAUGACAUUUCAUCUCCAAAUCCCAGCAUUUAUUUUGCAAUUCCCAUCAUUAGAUUCUGUUUACUAUAUUAGAGUGACAUACAUUUUUUUUAUUGGCAUUGGCAUCACACACACACGCAAAAACCUUAAUGGUCCUAAAAAUAGGCUUCAUCAUCCAAAACGUGUUUUAUUGAUUUGGGGGUGAAAUUAUGACCUGGUUCUUAUGAGAUUCACUCAAUCCAUCAUCAACCACUAGAGUUGAUUUCGAUGAUGAAAUCUGCUGUUGUACCUUUAAUAUACAGGUAGUACACCUUAUCAAUACGGCGCUGUAUAUCCAGAGAGCAUGAUGUUGAAUACUGAAUAGUCUUGUGUGUUGUUUAUAUACAGUGGGAAAGCCAUUCUCUGCUCAGGUGUCAUAAAUAUAAUGUAACCCUUGCAAUGCAUUCUUCUACCAGCAGAGAGCGCUGUCGUCAGGCAGACUCAUGCCACGAGCACUAGAACGAUCCACUGACGCAUUGCUGGGUUUGUGUUUCUUUGUAUACAUAUUUAUUUGUCAUUUUGUUUACUUUUCAUGUUGACUGAAGUAAUGUGUCUUGGCGUAACCACUCGAUUUAUUGUCUGUUGUCUCUCUAAUUCUGCACACACACACACACACACACACACACACACGAUGACAAUGAGCGUCGGUCGUGUCCUGCUAUGAUGAAAUCAGUCGUCUUUGACCAAUAUGAUUAUCAUUCUAAUACUAUAUUUUUAUUUAAGCAGCACCUGAAUGUACAUAAACCGCAUGAAGUCUUCUACUCUCAUUUGCAUCUUGUGUCUUGUUUGUUCUGAGGUGAAUAUAUGCAUCGUUUCUGUUGUUGGUUGAGUGUCGUCUGAUGACUCUUGGUGGAGGAUUGCUGCUUGUUUAAGCUCGUUAUAAUUGUAAAUGAGGACAAAACUGAAAUUGUUAUCGACUGAAAGUGAAGGAAACACUGAGUUGUUUUGUUUACUUUUGAUUUCUUUGACGUUUCUUUAUUCUUUCCCUUUGUUCUUGGUCUUUCAUACAGUUUGUGGUUCGCUUGUAAAAAGUUCUGUAAGGACCGUGUUUGUACAGCCUCUCUUUAUGAUGGCCUAGAAUACACAAAUAAAUAACAGACUAUAAUGAAAUGCACCAAA